UGGAUCAGUUGGUCUUCCUGUGCUUUCAUCAUUUGGAAGGGUUGAUCAAACAAGAUGGCAGACACGGAUUUGAAGUCCCCCUCGGUUAAAGAACCAGAAAACAUUCACGAUUUGACUGGAUUCGUCCAGACUUUGCUUACUCAAAUGCAAGACAAGUUCCAGAACAUGUCGGAUCAGAUCAUUACAAGAAUUGAUGAAAUGAGCAAUCGCAUUGAUGAACUUGAGAAGAACAUUGGGGACCUGAUGACCCAAGCUGGAGUAGAUGAACCAGAAAAGUGAUCCAAUAAUUAUUUUCUAGACUGUACUUUGUAUAGCUGURAAGUCAUAUUUUUUAACUUUGCAAUGAUGUACAAUAGAUACCAUCUUGUGUGAAUACAUGCAUUAUUAUAAUCAACUUUUUAACUAAUGUUUACGUCAGACUAUUCUAUUUCUUGCUGAUUUGAUUAAGCAUAUUAUGAUCUCACAAAAUUUAGUAUCUUAUUGCUGGCCUUUGUACAAGUAAUGUUCUUUUCAUCCAGUUGWAAUAUUAAGUUCUUAAAACUUUGUAUUUAUAACGAAAUCAAAAUUAAUWAAAAAACAAAAAUAUUCCUGUAA